CUGACUCUGGGGGCGCGGCGCGGAGGUCUCAGAGCCCGAACCUGCGGGUGUGCGGUGUUCUAGCUGCCGAGAGCUGAGACCACGGGGCGCGCGGGACCUCUGAGUUCGGUGCGCCCUGGGCUGGACAGUAGCACGGGUCGAGUGCCGUUUUCCUUGGCCUGUCUGGGCUGCGGUGAGGGCACGGGACGCGGAUCCCUCGCCGCGGAGGAAGAGCUGGCCGGGACCGAGGGACGCCCGCGCUGACCAUCCGCCCCCCGCCCCUGCAGGCAUCCGGCCCGUCGUCAUGGCCGACCACCUGAUGCUCGCCGAGGGCUACCGCCUGGUGCAGAGGCCGCCGCCCGGCGCGCCCUCCCACGGCCCCCACGCGCUCCGGACGCUGCAGCCGUACGCGGGCCCGGGCCUGGACAGCGGCUUGCGGCCGCGGGGGACUCCGCUGGGCCCGCCGCCGCCGCCCCCACCCGGGGCCCUGGCGUACGGGCCCUUCGGGCCGCCGCCUGCCCUGGGCUGCAUGGACGCCGAACUCAUCGACGAGGAGGCGCUGACGUCGCUGGAGCUGGAGCUCGGGCUGCACCGCGUGCGCGAGCUGCCCGAGCUCUUCCUGGGCCAGAGCGAGUUCGACUGCUUCUCGGACUUGGGGUCGGCGCCACCCGCCGGCUCGGUGAGCUGCUGAAUGCGGUCGGGCGCCUGCCUGGCGCGCCCGAGAGGAGAAGGGGAUCUGACUGCCCGCCGGAGUCCGCACCCUGCGCCUGGGCCCCGCGCGCACCCUCCGUGAGGGUGGAGGCAGCGGGUUAGCGCACAGAGCCUGACGCCGGGCUGGGACGCCUGGCCUCACUCCAGGCCCUGCCUCCUGCAGGAUGACAGUUUAGCUCCCCCUCUCUGUCCCGGAGCCUCGGCGGUAAAGUGAAGGGGACCGGACCCCCUUUCGGACUCCCGGUUCUUGGAUUCUCUGUCCUCUCGGAUUCUCCUCUACCCCACCCCCCAAUCUGAGCCAUUCCAGGCUGCUUGCCUGAUGCCCCUUCUCUCCUUGUGCAACCUACUGCGGUCACUGGGUCCCUGGAGCCGCCAAUCCACCGGGCCUCCACCCUGCUGCCUGGGCCCCCGCCUUGGGGAGGAGAAGAUUGUACAGCCCUGAUCCCUGCACAGUGGGGCAAUGCCCCCCCCCCCCGGCCUCCAAAACCAAAAUAAAACUGGGUCACUUUACAGUC